GGCGGGACUGCAGUGCCACCUCCCCCGAGAAAGCCCACACACUCACACGCCCGCGCGCGCAAGCACCUGCACACCGUGGGCAUCGAGAAGCCGAGCCAUCGAGAGGCUUUGAGUGCCGGACGCGUUUCAGCGAUGGCUUCUGCCCUCAACAGCAAAAUUCACGCGCCCGGGACUUGCCCGGGCUCCAAAGCCGAUGCCGGAGGUGGCGCCGGCUGGAGAAUGGACUGUGAUCCCGAGAUGCACGUGAAAAUGUGCAAGAAGAUCGCCCAGCUCACCAAGGUGAUCUAUUCCCUGAAUACCCGCCAGGACGAGGCCGAGGCGGGCAUGGAGGCGCUGCGUGAGGCCCACCAGGAGGAGCUGCGGAAGGCGGUGGCCGAGACGGAGGCCCGGCUCCGGCAGGCGCAGGGCCGCGCGGGCGAGGAGGCCCUGAGGCAGCGCAUCCAGACCCUGGAGAGCGCCCUGGAGCUGCAGAAGCGGCUGACGCAGGAGGCGCUGGCCGGGUCGGCCGCGUGCAGGCUGGAGACCCAGGAGAGCGAGCUGAGGGUGGAGGCCGAGCACGCCGACCGGGUGCUCACCCUCUCCAAGGAGAUGCUGGAGCUCAAGGCCGACUACGAGAAAAGGCUCCGGCACCUGAGCGGCCACGAGGUGCCCCGGUGGGGCCGGCUCGCCCAGGAGGGUCCCGAGCCCCAGGCCGAGCCGGGCUGCGGCCCCGAAAUGCGGGAGGUCCUGCUGGAAGUGGAGCGGCUGCGAGCGGAGAACCAGCAGCUGAGCAAGGACUAUGCUCGGAAGGCUGAGGAACUGCAGGCCACGUACGAGCGGGAAAACGAGGCCGUCCAGCAGGCCGUGCAGCAGUCGGUGAGCGAGGCCCUGUGGCAGUGGCAGGAGAAGGAGACCGACCUCCGAAAGAACUUCCAGGCCCAGGAGGCGGCCCUGCAGGCCCAGGUCCGGAAGCUAGAAGGGGAUCUGGAGCACAGAGGCCGCAAGAUCAGUGACCUGAAGAAGUACGCCCAGAAGCUGAAGGACCGCAUUCAGGACCUGGAUGUGCAGCUCAAGGAGGCUCGACAGGAGAAUUCAGAGUUGAAAAGCACUGCAGAAAAACUUGGGGAGAAGCUGGCUGUUGCCAAAGACAGGCUAAUGUUGCAGGAGUGUCAUGUGACACAGAAAAGCGAUGACAUGAAGACAGAGAGGGUUUCAGAGAAUGAAGUCCUAGGGAAAGAGAAUGAUUUGGAAGACUGCAGUCUCCAUCCUCAGCAGGAUCAGAACUUUCCCAAGGAGUGUCCGUGCACGAAAGGAGGCACAGAUAUACAGACCAAGAAAGAGGCGUGUAUUGAGACAGAAUAUAUGAAGCAAAAAUAUGAAGAAGACCUUCGUAAAAUCAAAGAUCAGACCGAAGAGGAGAAGAAACAUCUCAGAGACCAGCUGGUGAAGCGCCUAGAAGACUUGGUGAAGAAGCACACGGUGGAAAUCCAAUUAGUUCGCUCAUCAGUGGAAGCUGAGAGGCAGAGGCUACAGAAGGAAGUAGAAGCGCAGUUGGAGGAAGUGAAAAAGAAAUCAGAAAAUGAAAUAAAGCAUCUGGAAGAAGAGAAAGAGGCCCUAAGUGUGAAGCUCCAGAAUUCACUGCUUGAGGUUUUAAGGCUGGAAACAUUUAUCCAACAGAAUAAUGUACGUCCCCCGAGAGGCAAUGAACGGCCCCAAGAAUUGGACUGCCAGCACUGCAACAUUUUAGAGACCCAGGAUCCAUGCUUGAGGCCGAAUGAACCUUCUCAGACUCUGCCCAGAGGAGAAGAGUUUCAAGAUACGUUAGCAGCUGAAGAAGGAACCAACAGCGACAAAGAGGAGAGGAUCGAAGUGCCCCUCAAGGAGGGAGGUGACCUGCAGCCUCCACUGGGCUCUUUGCCGAAGGAGAAGGCACCAGAAAUCCAGCGUCUGCAGGAGGAGUGGCAGAGCCAGAAGGCCAGAUUGCAAGCCCAGGUCUCGCAGAUGCAGCAGGCUCUGGAGCAGUGCACCAGCAACUACAGGGAGGACCUGCGGGAGCUCAAGCAGCUCUCCGACCGCGAGCGCGAGCAGCUGCGGCGCGAGCUCCAGGAGACCGUCCAGCAGGAUCAGGUGGCGAAAGCUCAGCUCGAGGCCGCCCACCAGCGAGCACUCCGCGUGCUCGAGAAGGCCAAAAACCAGGAAGUCAAGGCCACAGAGGAGCGCUUGAAGAAGGAAUCCAGCCACAGCCUCCAGAUCCAGCACCAGGCGCACCAGCUAGAGCUACAGGCCUUGGAGGAGAAGGCCCAGCAAGAGCUCCAGGGAGAGCUGGAGAGGAUACAGGCUCAGCAGGCGCUGUUGCUAGAGGCCCUGACGCAGGAGCUGGCGGAGCAGCGGACUGCCUGCUCUGAGCACCAGGACCUGGAGGCGCCGCAGGCUGAGCUGAGGGCCCCGGGCAGUGUGGGCAGGCGGCAGGCCAGCAGCCAGUGUCCAGGGGACAGCGAGGACCGUGCCAGCACUGCAGAGGAGGGGGGCGGUCCGGGCCAGGCGGGCUCCCCGACGGGCAAGGGCGCCGCCGAGCAGGAGCCGAGCGAGGGAUGCGGCCUCUGGGAGGAGAACUCGCAGCUCAAGGAAACAGUGCGGCGGCUGCAGGCCGAGGUGGAACAGCACCGGCAGGAGGCUCUGCAGCUCCGCGACCAGCACAGGCUGCUGGAGGAGGAUCAGCAAGCCCGGCGGGCCCGGGAGGUGGAGAUGCUAUGCCAGGAACACCGGAAGGAGACGCAGGCCAUGGUGGCCGAUUUCAGCAGCGCUCAAGCGCAGCUCCAGGCCCGGCUGGCUGCCCUGGAAACCGAACUGAAAGAUUCCGGAGAGAAGCCAGGGAAGGGGGAGUCGAGGCCGGAGGACGUUCAGCUCAUAGGCCGUCUGCAGACCCGCUUGAAGGAGAGGGAGGAGAUCAUCAAGCAGCUCACGGAGGAAAGAAGAUUUCACUAUGCAGCAUUCCCCAGCGCAGUGUCCCAUCGGAAUCGGUCCUUCUCUUUCAAUCCUCGCCCACGGUAUUUGACCCCUUCCAUGAAGAAAAAGAAGAUGGAGGAAGUGCCCAGCCGAGUGGUCAGCGUGCCAAACCUCGCUUCCUAUGCUAAGAACUUUCUGGGUGGCGAUCUGAGCUCCAGGAUCAACACUCCGAUAACUAAGUCACCCAGCUUGGACCCAGGCCCCAGCGGUGGCCAGCCUUACAAACCCACCCCAUCUCUAGAUGUAAAAACUGCCACAAGGACACAAGAUGAUGAAACAGCCCAACCCAAAGAAGUCCAGCAGAAGCAGGGCUCAGCCCACCAGGAAUGGUUUACCAAAUAUUUUUCUUUCUAAACUGAUCCUUAAACUGAUCAUAAAGUGGAUAUUUGAAACACAUUUCUUUUGAAGCAUCUGAUUGAAGGAACGAACUAAAAAGCCAACCAACCAAAUAACUUGCUUGUAAUAUGAUUUACAUACAUAGCUAAAACAAAUUCUUGCAUUAACAUUUCAUACUGUUUCAUUGUGACACUAAGAUAAAACAAGCCAGUGUUAUCAGCAAGUGCCCACAGGGAAAUAUUAUUAAUGUUACUGAUGACCUACCCAUGGUAUUUCUAGUGUCCGUAAGAUUGCAAUCCGCAUUGUGGAAUAUCAGACUUUGUGAUUUCCAUGGUCUACUUUUAAAGUGGUUUCAUUUUCCUAGGACGCUGGUCAUCUUCACUUGAAAAGUGUUUCUAUGUAAAUUAUAUAAUUCCAAAAUACACAUGUAACCUCAAUAGGUAGAGGAAUAAAACAAAGCUCAAAAUAACCAGGAAAGCCAAUUUUAAAAAACCAAAGAAAACAAAACUACUAGGAAUGGACUAUAGCAGACCUUGGCAUACUUGGACCAAAUAUUUUGACUUCCUAGGUCCAGGACAUGAAGAAGAUUAUAGAGGGCAUAACAGCUACCUCAAAGGGGCUUUUUGAAGUUUAAGCAAAAUAUGGGUAAUGAUACUAAUCAUGAAUUGGAAUUAAGCCUUGCCAGGAUUUUUCUGUAACUGAGCCUCACCCUGUCAUACAUCUCAACAUCAAUGACUGCAGCAUCAACUUGGUCAUUUGUGAUGGUUUCUAGAUUAUUCUUUGACGUGAAAGAUCUACUGAACCUCUAGUCUUGCCUCAUGGUGCAUUGCUUCCCCAUUGCAUGGAUGCUCAGCAGAUUAAAGGGAACUGAGAAUGGCCAUUCACAAUGCUGACCUCACUGUCAGUCCACACUGAGCUGUUUGACCCUCUGAUGGAGCGGUGCAAUUUGACAAGUCAGUACAACUUUUAGUGGUCAAAAUAUGUUCUCAAUCCUUUGGUGCUGGCCCAGCAGGUGGCCCAUAAACAGUUGUCUAUUCUAUGCACCAUCAAAUCUUUGCUCUUCUUUGAAUAAAACUUUAAACAACUGGGCAAUAAAAAUGGUUGUGAUUUGUACUGAUUUUCCAAAGAAAGGUGAAAUUAGAUGAAGGCUGAAUUUGGAAAUAGGAAGUUCACAUUAACCUCAGUCAGAUCAUCUUCAAUAAAACGUAGCUGCGUGCUUUGUGACCACCUAGAGGGGUGGGAUAGGGAGGGAGACGCAAGAGGGAAGAGAUAUGGGGAUAUAUGUAUAUGUAGAGCUGAUUCACUUUGUUAUAAAGCAGAAACUAACACACCAUUGUAAAGCAAUUAUACUCCAAUACAGAUGUUAUAAAUUAAUUAAAAUAAAAAAGUAAAACGUAGCUGCUCACGCACUUAUGUCAUUUUGAGAGAAAUGCAAUUACAACUCAGACUCACAAUUUAAAAGUAAACUUACUACCUAAUCAAAACACAUGGCCCAAUAACAUAAAUUUUUAAAUGCAAAUACCUGUUACUAUCCGUGUAACAUGCCAUAUUAUUUUUCAGUAUCAAGUAUUUUUAAGUUUUGUUACCUGCUUAGGGUGAGCAUUGUAGGAUAAUGUUUGUGUUUUAAAGACUACAUACAGGUAGUUCUACUUUUGUUUGCUGAAAUAUUUUCCCACUACUGUGCAACUCCUGAUGACUAACAAAGGAGACUGCACUUUAUACUACUGUCCUUUAACUCAGCAUAACACAAGCUGCAGGGAUAGAAUUUUACUGAGACCCCACAUCUGUCUUGACUCCUUUCUUGUUGCAGGCAAGUGAAAGAUCACGUUAAAUUUCUAGGUUAUAUGCAAACAAUUGUGUCUGUUAAGUAAAUCUUGGCAUGCUUCUAACACUUUAUUCUUUAGGACAUAUUCCUUGAGUACUGAAGUAAAGCAUCAAAGGAUACUCCUAGGCUUUUUGUGUAGUACUACCAAAUUACCAGAAAGUUUCUAGCAAUUUACACCUUCACCAGCAGUGAAUGAAAUUCUACCUCUCUGUACCCUAGAUAAUAUUGACAAGGAAAUUUGAGAGAUAAAACAUUAUUGUUUUCUCUUGCAUAAUCUGGUUCCAUCCAUCUCUCAAGAGCAGAGUGGUCUAGAGAUGAUGGGAAUGGCUUGGAGGUAACAGCAGACAUGAAGAUAAAUGAACUGAUUCAGAAUUGAUCUAGGAGGGAGAAACAACAGGAUUUGACAAUAAAUCUCUUUAGGCAUAUAUAUUAUGACAGAGAAGAGGAAUUAACAUAUUCCUGGAGCAAAACUGGAAAGGAACAUUGUGGCGAGCUGUUUCUUAAUUGGGGGAGAAAAGAAUGAAUUCACCCAAUCAGCGGCUGCACGCCACAUACCUGAGUCCUCACUCCUGCUCUGCAUCAGUGCCACAUCCAACACAGCAGCUGCAACUGAGGCUACUUGGUAUAUACUCAUUCUCCAGCCUCUAUCUGGAUUCUGCAAGGGCAAGGCUGGGGAAGUAAAUGGAGUUAUGAUAGGGAACAGCUUCCUAGCAUCCUUUAGAUUUCUCAGGAUAGCACACAUCUCCACCAUUACCCCCAAGAUGCAAUAUUGGUUUUGAUUUGCUACCUCCUAGCUCCUCAUCUGUCUGUUCUCCCCCUGCAGGAGAUAACCAAAGAUGCCCUGGGCACUCACAGUGGCCUCUGAGCAUUAAACAGUUAUUUUGUCAUUGUCCCUUUGCUAAGAGUCGAGACAGUGUAGUGAUAACCUGCCAACUCCACCGUUCUUAUAUGCGGUAUUCCCCCUUAGCUUCCAAAUGUUCGAAUCCAUGCACUGACAAAGUUCCUUUCCACGGGGACACUUGCCCAGGGCACUACUGGUGGGAUCUUCAAUAACUGGGCCACCCUCGAGCCAGUGACUGUACCUCACAUACCCUCAGGAUGGGUCUUCCUUGCCAGUAGGACAGUAAGCAAGCCAGUCCCCAAUCCCACUCUCCUACCUGCUCUCAGGCCACGUCCGUGGCAGCGUGUCAGUCGGGCCCUCCAGGAGGCAUACCCCAACACAGUUGGAGGAAGACACCACCAGAAACCCACCUAUAGUUGAAUGAGUUGGCUUUACUACUUGUUGGACACAGGGAGAAUGUCCAUCAUGAAGAAUGGUGGGGCUUCUCAGAAAAGAGGGUUUUAGAAAGAACCUACUGUAAGAUUUUGGCAUUGGUUGGGUGAUUUCCAGGAGGGUCUAAAGAAGCAGGGAUUCAUUCUAGAUUGGAUGCUGUCAGAAAGCAGGGGCAACUCUAUGACUGGGUGUCUUAAUAAAUCUUAUCUAUAGGAAGGGCAGACCAGAGAUAAAGCUGUAAAUAGUUAAAAAAAAAAAAAAAAAAGAAAAGAAAAAGCAGUCACUUAUUUUUUAGCCAGGAGAAUGUUUGGUAUUUGGGGGGUGGCACAGUGACCUUGUUUGUUUUUCCUGUGCUUAGACAAAGUUGUGAAGUGGUUUUGGUUUGUCUUGCUUUAUCAUGGUCUCAGAGCAGCUUUAUCUAGGAGGCUGGUAUCCUGAGACUGCUUCUGUCCCGUAGGAGAAUAACAUGGCCAAGCAGUGCUGGGUCGGCAUCCCAUGUCAGGGGCAGGUUUCCGCCCUUCUCAAGGGAAACACCUGUGUUGAAUAAAGGGGAAGCAGGAGGCAGGAAGAGCCUUCAGAUUUUGAUGGAGAGUUGACACACGUAUAGAGAGCCAAGGAAGAUUUGGGAAAGAGGCUUAGGCAGCAGUAAAGUUCGGAGAAAAAGCCUCGGCCAGGCUGAAGAGCUCCAGAGCAGGGACUGCCCAUUAGAGGGGUCUGUGUUGGGCAGAAAUGACACAGAUCCAGUAUCCCCACUGUGCCUGGUCACACCCAGGAAAGAGCAUGGCCUUUGAGAUAACUGAGCAGGGCUCCUUCGUGGCCUCCGGUGGCCCAGGACCAAACCCUUAGGAACGUCAACAUUUAGAGGUUGGGGAGAAGAGGAAAGAGAAAAGAAGGGGAGAUGUGUUAAAGAGAAUAAGAAAAUGAGUUCAAAUAAAGAUGAUGAAGAAGUGUCACAGUGAAGCAGCUGGGAGCCAUCACAAGCACAGUUGGAGCUGUGGAGCCACACGUCACAGCCUGGGGGCGGGGAGCAUGGAGCUGGAGACUGAACCAGGGGCCGGGAAAUGGGGCAGCGCUCAGGCAUCGCAUCGCAGCAGGGAAGACCAAGAAUUCUGUGAGCUGCAGGGGGCAGAGAGCCCCCAAGGGGUUAAACCCUAGAGAAGGCAACUGGCCUGGACCCAGAUCACUUGUGGAAAGGUUCAUCUUAUACAGGGUAAGCGCUUCAGCAGAUGGACCAGGAAGCGAAUAAAGAUGCCCUGAAGAUGUGGGUUGGUCUGUCAUCCCCAGAGGGAAGGUGAGGGAAAGUCCACCUGAUGGCUCAUUAUUUUCUCCUUGAAGGAGACGGCAUCCCAGAGGGUUUUCUGUUUGUCAACCAGCAAGAUGCCACUAAAAAGGAAAAAGAUUUUUACAAACAGAAAAGAGUGAAAUGUUUAUGUCGCAGAAAACUUUUGAAUUUAGUAAAGAAAUGACAAUAACUGGUACACACAUUAAUUCAAAAUAUUUUUACUAAGCACCAAAUAGAAUAGUUCCUGAACUUUCCACUAAGAACCUCUUCAUUACUGAAAAAAUACCUAAAAUGUAAUCAAUUUAGUUAGGUUUUUAAUCAAGAAAUCUACAGCUGCCAAUCAGAGCUUCUAAUUGGCACAAGAUGACCAGGUUACAACCUCAAUUGAAAUCAGAUAAUGUGACUGAAAACAACUUUUAAAAGCUUUGCUUAACUAUAUACUCUGAAUGAGGGAAUUCAUUGGCCUCUGGCUGUGUACCAUACACAUACGAACACAAACAAAAAUAAGUACUAAGUUAUUAUGUAUAAAAGGUAGUAAGUGGUCCCUGUGUAUUCAGAGGGGAAUAAUGCCUACUUCUCAUGAGGAACAAAGAGACAGAUCACUAACUGCAGAGGGAGAACCAAGCAAGGCUGGCUGAAGAGACAAGAAGUCCUGUGUCCUGUGGAUACGACGGAGAGGGCCUUUGGAGGCUGCAGAGACCAGGUAGCGUCCAGGUCCAGGCCAGACGGGAACUUGAGUGGAUGUCAAGGUGGGUGGGUGGGGCCUUCAAGACUGGAGGAAAAGCGAGCCAAGACACCUAGUCACAGAAUUGCUGCCUGUUCAAGAGACACUGGGUGAGGGAGAAGGGGUGUAAUGUAAUGAGAGAAUGUGAACAACAGAGAGAGGAAAGCCUCCUCCAAGGAGACCAGGCACAAUGCCGGUCUGUAUUUCUCAACAGCAGACCAGGCACAAUGCUGGUUUGUACUUCUCAAUAGCGGUUCAACAGAGAAUCUGAGGUGGCCUGUGUGACUGACAGAGGGUAAAGUAUCUUCCCAAACACUGAGUCUCCCAUGCACCCUGCAGCCAACCUCCCACCUCGAGGCCCCAGUCCCUCAACACCACCCAUUAGCAAGAAAUUCAUUAAUGGAAAAAUCUGCUCCAAAUAGCAGAACAAACAAAAACUCAAAACUCAGAGAUGAUCACAGCAAACUUUAACCCUCAUACUUCACCUAUGCCCCUAUUGAGAGCAGGGUCCGCUCUGUUACUUAAACUGAUUAUUGCAGAAAUGAAUAUCACUAACAUCACUGCUCCUACCCUCCCCCCAAAGUAAAUGAAUACUACACAAAAUAUAAACUUACCCCAAAUAAAAGUCAACAUUAACUUAAGGAUACUGCUGGAUUCCUAUAGCACUAGUUACUGCAGUACAGUAACAGUUACUACACUAACCUACGAUAUUAUAAUCCUCUUCCAACCUAUUUACAAAAUAUCCUCAUUUGAGGUUCUAGAAGUGUUACAUCGUUGCACUAGACUUCUCUUCUUUAGGUAGUUCAGUCUUGAAAAACAGCAAAUUUACAUAUUCUUAUAUACUGCCACUAAUGGGUAAAUUAUAAAAGGCUUACAACCAAAAUCCUCAUCCUUUGAUAUGCAGAUCAGAUCAUACAAGCUUUUCCCCUCAGAUCAUACAAAAUAAUCUAAAACUGGAAACAGAGAUAAACACUCAUACAAAAACAAAAAUAAUAAAAACAAGCAGCAAAAAACAAAAACAUAAAAAGGAAUCUGUAAACGGCAUCAUAUUAACAGUCUUAAAUUUUGCUAAAGACAAUAUACUUGGUUUACCAAAGCAAUAAGCAUUUUAUAAAGUACUCCAGAAAUAACGCUUACAAAAAUAGGGGGAAAAUUUUAGAUGAGAGUGCAAAACUAAAUCAUCUCACCCUC